GGUCACAUACACAGACCUUUCUCCUUCUUCUUCUUCUUCUCUCUCUCUCUCUUUCUCUCUCUCACCCAUUCAACUUUCUUUUCCUCUUUUCACAUUAUUUCUGAGAUUCCUUCAAUGUUCUUCUCUCUUCCUUUGGAUUCUACAGAUUCCCAGCUAAAACACACAUCAAUAUCUUCAAUUCUAGUUCCUCUGUGUCUGUUUUUGUGAUUUUUUUGUUAAAGGACCUUCUAUUGUUUUUCUGCAAACUAUCAUUCUGGGUUUUUCUGAGGAAUAAAAAGUACUUCAAAUCUUCAAUAUAACUAAUAUAUUUUCAGAGAACUUUCAUUUUUUUUAUUAGCUAUUUGUGAAAAAAAGGUACUUUUUUCUCUCAUUUUCUGGAUUUUUUCUUCAUAAUUUUUUGGAAAAGAUUGAGACAUGGGCAAACAAGGGCCUUGCUAUCACUGUGGAGUUACAAGCACACCACUUUGGCGUAAUGGACCACCGGAGAAGCCAAUACUAUGCAAUGCAUGUGGGUCGCGGUGGAGGACAAAGGGAACUCUUGUAAAUUAUACCCCUUUACAUGCUCGGCCAGAAACUGAUGAUUAUGAGGAUCAAAAGGUUUUCAGAGUAAAAAGCAUAUCCUUAAAUAAGAACAAAGAGGGGAAACCACUCAAAAGAAAGCAGAACCAUGACAAUUUAGUAUCUGGAGGGGUUGCACCUUAUUACAACCAGGGAUUCCCAAAGGUUGUCGAUGAAGAUACAAGCAAUCGAUCAAGUUCAGGAUCAGCUAUCUCUAACUCGGAGAGCUGUGCACAAUUUGGUGGCACUGAGGCUAGUGAUCUGACAGGUCCUGCUCAAUCAGUGGUCUGGGAGACCAUGGUGCCUUCAAAAAAGAGGACAUGUGUGGGUCGUCCAAAGCCUUCUUCUGUUGAGAAGCUCACACAAGAUUUAUGCACUAUUCUUCAUGAACAACAGUCUUAUUUUUCUGCAUCUUCUGAAGAAGAUCUUCUUUUUGAAAGUGAAACACCUAUGGUCUCUGUUGAGAUAGGACAUGGAAGCAUGCUCUUUAGGCAUCCUAGCUGUAUAGCUCGUGACGAAGAGUCUGAAGCGAGCUCUCUUUCAGUUGAUAAUAAACAGUGCCCAAUAAGUGAGGCAUAUUCAUAUUCUGGCGCCAUGCUUGUUCAUAAUAGUUCCAGUCCCAUGAACUUCUCAUCUCAAGGUGUUGAAAAGGUCAGGAACUCUGCUGACCAUGGAAUGCACCAGGAGCAACUUAAAAGUGACAAGUCACAGCUUGAAAGGGUGCAAAUGCUUGGAAAUCAUGAUUCACCACUGUGCUUAAUAGAUUUAAAUGAUGUAGUAAACUAUGAAGAGUUCUUGAGAAUCUUAACAAAUGAAGAGCAGCAGCAAUUACUGAAGUUUCUUCCUGUGGUUGAUACUGCUAAACUUCCAGAUAGCCUUAAAGCCAUGUUCGAUAGCUCUCAAUUCAAAGAGAACUUAACUUAUUUUCAGCAGCUUCUCUCAGAAGGUGUCUUUGAUAUCUCUUUGUCAGGAGCAAAACCUGAAGAUUGCAAGACUCUGAAAAGAUUUGCAUUGUCCAAUCUGUCAAAAUUGAAAUGGGUAGAACACUACCAUUUUCUUAAGAGAUGUAAAAGGAGACCUGGAAAAUCUGGUACUCCAGGAUCUACUAGUACGUCAUCAACUAAUGUUGCGAACAUCAAGAGAGUGCGUGAUAGCUGGAAUCAAAACUUUCCAGAGUUGAAGCCGAUAAUGAGAAACCCCAAAAGGGUGAUCACAAAAGCUGGUUGUGAGGGCAAAGAAGUUGUAGAAGAUGGCGCUAGCAAUAGUCCAAAAAGCCUGUUUCCUUUGCCUCGUGCUGCUAGCUCGCUCUUCCUGGAUUCUUUAAACUUUGCUGAAGAGAGUUCUGAUCAGGAUCUACUGCUAGAUGUGCCAUCUAACAGUUCUUUUCCACAGGCAGAGCUUCUAUGCCCAACUUUAAGCUUUGGCGCUCAAGCCAGCACUAGUAGUAGCUCAGCAUACUCACAUCUUGUCCACCGUUAAGUGAGUGUUUGAAUUUCCGUGGAACUCGACGCUACAAAACUUCUGCAUUUGUGCGUUUGAAUUUGUAAAAUCACAUUUGUGUUAGUGCAGACGGAGACACAAACACGCACUUAGUAAUCUUUGCCGGGUUACUUCAGUGGCAUUGAGCAGUACUGUCAUAUAUUUUACAUCUUAAAGGAUAUGAUGGUUGUGCUUACAACCUACUUAAACUUGGAUUGGAUUGGAUUGUCAACUAUGGAAGUUGGCUGGGCUUUUUGUACAGGUUGUCACAGAUUGUAACAUAUUGCAUGAAAUGAGGAGUGGUAAUCUCUAGAGUUUUGUAUGCAA